AUGGCGGUAGCAGUCAGAGAGUUACCCGACCUCUUCAAGGGGGAACAGUGUUGGAAGAUUCGCGUGGAGGACCUCGGGGCCGAUCGAGGCGUCUUCAUCGUCCGAGAAUUCGGGCCGACCGUCUGGAAGACUUGCGUCGAAGACACCCCGGGCCUGGCACUCGCUUGGGACGCCGCGGUCGUCCGAUCCGAGGAAUUGUGGGAGAGUCAACGCAGCAGAGGGUACGAAGUUCGGACGAUGGACGACUCCAAGAUCUUUCCUAUGUUGGCUCACGAGUACACGAAGCACGCCAACAAACUUUCGGACGCCGUAUGCGUGCAGCCCAAGAUAGACGGUAUAAGGCUGCUGGUGGGAAGAGUUUCGGACGCCGAACUGAAGGCAUAUAGCAGGACUGGGAAGCGACUGGUGGUACCACAUAUCUUAAGAGCUCUCGCCCCUGUUCUCGGACGCGCAGAAUUCGUGGACGGAGAGCUCUUCGCGCCCUCCCUGACUUUCGAGGAACUCAGCGGCCUGGUCAGGACUCAGACGGCAGAAGGGAAGGACCUCUUGGAGUACCACAUAUUCGAUUGCUUCAAGAUCGACGAGAAAAAGGGCGCGCCGUCCGAACAGGGCUUCUGGGACAGGUUCUCCAUCUUAAAGGAGCGCCUGGUAGCUUCGGAAGGUGACGUCAUAAAACUCGUGCCCACGGAGAGGCGUCCGAAAGCAGACGUGCCGAAGCUCCUAGAAGAGUACGUUCAAGAGGGGCACGAGGGUGUCAUCAUAAGGAGUCUGGUCGCGCCUUACGUACUGGGAAAGAGGACCUUCUCGCUGCAGAAGCUGAAGCCCUUCAAGACGGAAGCCUUCGAGAUCGUGGGCGCGGAGAGUGGUGCGGGAAAGGACAGGGGUUGCGUGACCUGGCAGUGCAGGACGAGCGACGGUAUCCCCUUCAAGAAAGCCGUGGAAGAGUGGGAUUCCGCGGCUCUGAGGCUGUUGAGGGGAACGCUAGAGGAGGGAAUGGCGUUCCGGGAGUCGAGCAAGAUCGCUUCCGGCAUCCCCGAAGUGGUCACGGUCACCUUCCUCGUGCACUGCGACUCUGGGGCGAUAGACAUAAAGCUGUUGCACGAGAAUCUAAAGGAUAUGGCUGGGAUGAGCACCAGCGAGAGCGGCAUCGAGAUCGCGCUCAACACGAACGACGCGCGCUUCGGAACCACCGGUGGUAGGAGGAUCGUGAACAACUCCUUCUACAACCAGGUCUCGCUGACCGCCAGGAAACGAGGCGGCAGGCAGAUCAACUGCAAGGUCUUCGCCAAGGGGUGCCUCCUGGUGACCGGGUGCAGGACCAUGAGAGAGCUGGACGACAUCCUCCGAGGCAUAACGAGAAUUUUGAAGCGAGCUUGCCCUUCCAUCGGGGACCUCAGGAUCGCCCGAGCCGAGGCCACCAUGAUCAACGCCAGCGUUGCCUUGACCGGUCCAGAGAGGUGCAUGACCGUCAUGCCUUACGCGUUCCUGAGGUGCGUGACCGAGAUGGUCGAGUGCCGCCGUCUGACGGGCAGAGUCACGGUCGAGUACAACCCCACGGUGUACUCUGGCAUAAAGCUGAAGGUGGUUCGAGGCACGGCCCUCAUCUUCACCACCGGCAAGAUCAUACUGACCGGCUGCAAGACCCUAGACGAGGUGCUCGGGCUCUGGAGGACCGUGCUGAAGAUAAUUACUUUGAACGUAGACAAGGAGGUCGUGAUCUUCUCCGACCACGCUCGCAAGGUCCGCAAGGACGUCAAGCAGAAGAAGAGACAGAGGGCGGACCGCAUCAUGGCAUUCUUGGAUGAGAUGUCCACCGACGUGUUACUCAGCGAGAUGUCCAAGCGGGGCCUGAUACCGGCCUCCGCUGCCAUCGCGUCUGCACCUACUACGACGUACGAUCCUCCGCCUAUGGAUUUUUACGAGCCCGCUCUCGAAUACCGCCCUUGGCGGCCGUACGAGCAACCCGUGGACAGGAGGGUUCCUGCCCUCCCACCGCCCGCGAAGAAGCCGGAACGACGGAUCAUGCCUCUGCAAGAUUCGACGGACAUACCGGCGGCGCCGUGCGACAUGUAUCAGCCGUUCAUGCACCCCGCGUUCGGGCAGGAGUACGGCCAGACGGAAGGUCUGGUGACCGCGGAUAAGACCGUGGACUGGAACGCAGCGACCGCGCGGUCGUAUGCGCCUCAGAAUUGCAAGAACUACGUCAACCUCAACAUCACCUAA